AUGAAUGUAACUAACAGCACUAGACCGGAGGGACCCGCGCCCUGGAACUUUACCGGCUUACUUACAGACUCAUUCGGUGAUGCUAAUCUUAACUGCGAGAGAAGCAGCACCAAUGAUUCGUGUGCAGCGCUCGACACGACCGAAAGCCCGUACAAGACGAUCGAAAUGGUCUUCAUCGCCCUGGUCACGGGAUCGAUCAGCUUCGUCACUGUGGUGGGUAACAUCCUGGUCAUGCUGUCGAUAAAAGUCAACCGGCAUCUGCAGACGAUAAACAACUACUUCCUGUUCAGUCUGGCGUGUGCCGACCUCAUAAUCGGCGUGUUCUCCAUGAAUCUCUAUACCGUGUAUAUCCUGAAGGGCUACUGGCCACUCGGGCCGGUCGUCUGUGACCUUUGGUUGGCUCUCGACUACGUGGUCAGCAACGCUUCCGUUAUGAACCUUCUGAUCAUCAGCUUUGACCGCUAUUUUUGUGUGACCAAACCGCUGACCUAUCCCACUCGUCGGACGACCAAGAUGGCCGGCCUGAUGAUCGCCUCGGCCUGGAUCCUCUCUUUCAUUUUGUGGGCUCCCGCCAUUCUCUUCUGGCAGUUCAUCGUCGGGGAGCGAACCGUAGAACCAGGGGCGUGCUAUAUCCAGUUCCUUUCCAACCCAGUGGUUACGUUUGGUACGGCGAUCGCCGCGUUCUAUCUCCCCGUGGUCAUCAUGACGGUGCUGUACGUUCACAUUUCCCUGGCUAGCCGCAGUCGCGUCUCCAAGCAGAAGCCAGAGGCUAACAAAGAGAAGAAAGGCUUACGGUCUGCUGGAUUGCUAAAGAGUCACACACAAAAACAGAACAACAAUAACCGGUCUCCUACCAAACCCAGUCCGAACACCUGCAGCACGACCGACACAAUGAAAAACGGAAAGCUGGACGAGUCUGUAGUCCCCAAAGACGACUUCAACGUGCAGCCGGAGAAGGAAAGCUCGAACGAUUCCAGCACGGCUAGCAUUGCACCAAAAGAAUCAAAAGACAGAGCCAACAAUUCCACAGCUGAGAAAGGCUCGCCAUUGGCUCCGAUCCCUGUGGCCAAACUGAACUCAGGUUCCAAAUGGUCCAAGAUAAAGAUCGUCACGAAGCAGACCGGAGACGAGUGCAUCACCGCUAUCGAAAUAGUUCCUCCGGCGAGCGGGGCCGACGGUCAGUCCAUACCUCUCAACCGGCCGCGCACCGUAGUACGUAAAUUCGCCAGCAUCGCCCGCAGCCAAGUGAAAAGGAAAAGACAGAUGGCGGCGCGCGAGAAGAAAGUGACAAAAACCAUUUUCGCCAUCCUCCUGGCCUUCAUUAUCACGUGGACACCCUAUAACGUGAUGGUCCUCAUCAGCACGUUUUGUCAGUCGUGCGUCCCGGACACGGUGUGGGUCAUCGGCUACUGGCUCUGCUACGUCAACAGCACCAUAAACCCGGCCUGCUACGCGCUCUGCAACGCCACGUUUAAAAAGACCUUCAAAAAUCUACUCAUGUGCCAGUACAAGAACACUGGGACAAGGUAA